AUGGCGUUCUCAAGAUUCAGCAUGCGGUUACCGCUCCCAAAGACCUUUCUAGGAUGCAUCGGCCUUCAAACAGGCACCGAGGUCAUCUCCCUCAUCCUCCUCUUCAACAGGCUCACCGGCCUCUACGGUCUACUCGCCAUCCUCACGGGCUACGAGCUCUCCGUGACGCAGCUGUCAAUGUACCUCUACUCGCUGGGCGUCGUCGUCCUGCUGGCCAUGUUCAUGCCCCACAUCCGCAAGCAGAGCCCCUUUGAGACGCUCAGUCUCGCCUGGCUCUACAUCGUCGACACCGUCCUCAACGUCGCCUACACGACCUUCUUCGCCGUGAACUGGUACCUCAACAGCAGCGCCCUGGACAAGCACCCGGCAGGCAGCACCACCCCGGCCGCAGCCGGUCCCGCAGCAGCGGAGAUUGCGGAGACGGCGCUGGCUAACGGGGCGCCCGUGGUUCCCGACGUGCCCGGCACGACGAAGCACAUCGGGCCCCAGGAGUCGUGGAUGAGCUUGGGGCUGAUUUGCUCCGUCACGCUGGUGCGCGUCUACUUUGCGCUCGUCGUCAUGUCGUUUGCGCAGCAGGUGCUGCAGCGGUACAGCGCGGCGGACAUGGGCUGGGAGGAGGAAGGCCGCAGCAGCGGCGCCGGCAAGAAGGGCGGCGUCGACGGACCUUUCUCGCAGGGCGAGCCGGGCGGCGAGGGGUCCCGCGGCCGUAUCGGGCGCGUGAUGCUCGCCCUCGGUCGCGGGUACUGGCUUCGCGAGAGGCCUCAGGAGGAGUGGGCGAGCGCUGUGAGCGCCAAGUUCCGGCACACCGGAGUCUAA